AUGUCGACAGCACCAUCAUCGCCACCGCGAUCGCCAAAGAAGCAGGAGCUUAUGGAUGCCCCUCUACACUCAAUACCAUCUGGACAACCAUCAUCAAGACCCGGGACGGACCUAAGGGCUCAGUCUGGAUUUUCUCAACCUGCGCUACCCCCAUUGGAACGGCGGGCCUCUGCGGAAGAAACCCUUCCAAGACUCAGUAGCAUUCUCAAUGUUCCUAGGACGUCACCGCCUCAAACUUAUGGGCUCGCAAAUCGCUUGGAAACACUCAAGUUGAGUCCCUCUCCCGAUCCGUCGGGUACCAAUGACUACGUCCUUACCCGCCAUCCCUGUGGACCUUUUGUACACGAUCCUAUUACCGGCUAUUUAAAUCGGGAGCGACAGGAGCGAGAGCGACGUGAGAUGAAUGAGCACAUACGAGCGCGGAGUGACAAAAACAUGGUACCCAAAAGUCGACACGUUCUUCCGUUCGCUCCAAGGAGAGAUACGAGACAAGACUAUUCCUUGCAGUCAACAGUAUCACCACCACGGCCGCUUCCACAGGGCCCAAUGGGGAGCAACUACGACAAUCGAACUGUGUUUCCGGCUUUUCCACCAGAACUUCUCCAGAAAGUUCAGGGUGGGCGCAUCCAGAAGACUCGAAAGUCCAAGGACAAGACGCCUCAUUGCAACAAGAGGUACACGGUGGAGCAGAAACGUUUUAUUCGCUAUCUCAAGUGCGACUGCAAUGUGUCCUGGCCAAUAGUAAGACGCCAAAUGGCGGAAAUGUUUCCUGAAACCGAUAUUGAGCAACGGGAAACCCAAGGGGUUCAAGGAGUUUAUUACCGAGAGAACAAGCAGUUACCAGCGCUUAACAUGGACACAAACAUCAUAAGAUACCUACCUAACGGGCAUAUGGCCUCUAUAGAAAAAGGGUGUAGGGAACAAAAGGAGAAAACAAUGUUCGGCAUUGUCAAUCUAUGGCCAGAAGACGCGCUGGCAUAUUCCUGGGUAUCCGAGGAACACAAGCAGCAAGCUAGGAGAACCAUCGAACAAAGACGCAAAGAGCGUGAAGACGCUCGUCACCAAGCUAUCGAAAACGGACUUUGGUCGGAGACCGUGCCAGAGAAUAGUUGCGCCUGUUGUUGCGACAAUAAACGAGAAAGGUGA